UUUUUUAUCCUAAUUUGUAUCAAAACAAGCUUGCCUUGUAAUACUUCGCUCGAUAGUCCUGCCUUAUAAUCAUAGCUUAGUAUAAGUGACCUCCUACAUCUUUUAGUAGUAUGGUGCCGGUGCAACUCUGUACCACUCGUCAUAAAUUAAAGAAAGAAAAAUAAUGGCGGACAAUAUAGAAGAAAAAGUGAUAAUGACCCCAAAGUGCAAGACGGCCACAUCCACAACUCUGGUAGUUGAGAGGAAGGUGGUGGAAGCGGAGGCCAGUGACAAGAUACACGUGGCUGGAGGGGACCACACUGGCAUCAUUAUCAACAAGGAACAAGUUUAUGAAAACGGCGUAACAGAGCCAUGUCACGCCCAACUCGAAUUCCGAGUGUACCUAGUGUCAGCCGCAAAUGGCUCUCACACUCGGGAGGCGCGCGCGCUCCGAUUCUGGUUCAAACCGCAAAUGACGCCCGGCGAGCGGCCGCACGAGGCGCAGGCCUUCUUCAGGGAGCUGGUCAGCCCGCAAGACUUCCCAAAAGAUUACGUGGGAUUCAUUAAGAAGAUAAUAAAGCUUAUGCAACACAAAUACCUACAAUUAAAGAUUUUAGAGAUAGAGUUAAGACAAGAAGGGACGGGAACUCCACCUCCAGAAUCAAAUGGCGUUAUUUCAACGUUUAUUGAAGAAAGUGCUGCAAACCAAACGCCUGUGAUAUCGGAACAGAGGGUACUGGAUAUGAUCGAGAAUGCUUACCCCAACCCGUUGACCGUGGAUGAUUUUAUCACGGCAGGAAAAUGGUCCAAAGUAGAAGUAAAAGACGCCCUAGAGGCGCUAGAAGAAAAAGGCCUCACUCGGGCCAUGUCAGACGGACUAUACAUUCGGCAGCACAGCGUUGACACACAGGUCGUGAAACAAAUGCCACAGUUAUGUUCAUCGCGACAGCCGAGCAUAGCUAUAAUAACUGCGCUGUACUGCGAAAAGCAAGCUGUGGACGCCAUGAUGGAUAACCAAGAGACGUUCGUGCGGUAUACGACAGUCGGCGAAUCCAACGUGUAUACGUUGGGUACUAUCGGAGCACAUCGCGUGGUGACCACAAAACUUCCCUCCGUGGGCCGCACGAGAGAAGCGAUGACAGCAGCAGGCAACACAACCACAAGACUUCUUGGCACCUUCCAAAAGGUGGAGUAUGUGUUCCUCGUGGGCGUCGGAGGCGGCGUGCCUCACUACACCGACUACGAGCGCCACGUCCGGCUCGGAGACGUCGUGGUGUCCACCCCUGCGGCGGACCUGACUGACAAGAGUGUUUACGUGUUCUGCGAGAAGGCAGAGCGCAACGAGAAAGGCGGUUGGGACUAUGAAGUGAAACCAUAUAAACCUGACAGUUUCUUACUUCAAGAUAUCGCACUACGACUGAUGAGAUCGCACGCGCAUUGGGACUCCUACGUCAAUGAAGGCUUGGACCGACUGAGAGGAGUGCCAGGUCGCUGGGAGGCGCCCGUUGGUGGCUCGGACCGUCUCACCAUGGACGUUGGCAACGGAGCCUUCAUAGAGGUCUCACAUCCCGCACCCAGCGGCGACCAAGUGGAUCGCGGCGGUCUGCGCGUGCACUGCGCGCCGGUAGCGGGCGGGCGCGCGGUGUCGUGCGCGGGCGAGGCGCGCGCGGCGUUCGCGGCGCACGCGCGCGCGCGGGCCUACGACUGCGAGCUCGACGCCGUGCUCGACUCCGUCAAGGGCAACAGGAAGGACUGCUUCGUCUCCAUCAGGGGUAUAUCGGACUACCGCGACGGUACGCGCGGCAAGGAGUGGCAGCCUCACGCGGCGCUGGCCGCCGCCGCCGUCAUGAAGGCCAUCGUAGCUGCCAUGGACCCACCGACGGACUAACCUAACUUUUACGAUGAGUA